AUGUCGCAGAUGCGGGAAAUGUAUCGCAUAUGCGAUUUUGGUAAUUUAAGUGAGGACCGUAGAUGCGGUGGUCUUGACUGCAGAUGCGAUACCGCGGAAGCGGAAUUUGGGCCGCAGAUGCGGAAAUUUGCUGGCUCGGAGGGAUGUUUAGAAAAAUUUCAUUCAGAUUUUACUUGUGCAUUACAUCUGUGUAUUCUCAACUUGAAGGAUACAUGCAAAGAGGAGGUAUCUGUCAAGUUAGAGGAUGAAGUAUUUCUUGAUGCAAAAAAUGGGGAUGUCUCUCUUUUAUCUGAAUCCAUGGCGAAGGAAGAGGAAAACUUGAUGAAAGCACGUGUAAAGGAGGAAGAAGUAAAUGAGCCCAAAGAGGCCCCCAACUUGAAUGACCUUCAAUUUAGUAAGUUGGACGAGCUUCUUACACAGACCCAGCUUUAUUCAGAGUUCCUGCUGGAGAAGAUGGAUAACAUCACAGUGCAAAAUGGAGUGGAAGAUGAAGAAGAAAGUGGUAACGACAAGAAGAGGGGUCGUGGCACAAAAAGAAAGGCGUCCACAAGUUAUAAUAAUGUAUUNGAAGGGUCAUUCCGUGCCAUGUUUUGA